AAGGGGUUAGAAGAAUGAAUAGAGCAUUCUCAAACACAGUUAUCCAUAGUAGCAAUGCCGAGGAGAAAUAUAGUUCUGAAGAAGGUGAUGAUAUUGUUGAUUUAAGUGGAAAUGAGCUGAAAAAAUGUCUUAAAGAUAUUCCUUCCUAUGAUAUUGCAGAAAAAAAAAAUAAUGAUGAUAAGAUGGAGUCCGAAAAUUCAACAUCGACUGAUUCAUCUACUACAAUUUCUGAGAAAAUUUCCAAGCAAAAAAAGCUAAAUAUUAAGAACAAAACUGUAAAAACUAUUGCUUUUUCUAGAACAAAAAAUGAUGCCUUAGUUGUACAAGAAAGUGAUACAAACGAUUAUGAUAGUGUGCAAUCUGAAAAUUCAACUUCAACUGAUUCAUCUACUACAAUUUCUGGGACAAUUUCCAAGCAAAAAAAGCCAAAUAAUAAGAAAAAAACUGUAAAAAACACUGAUUUUACUAGAACAAAAAAUGAUACUCUAGUUGUACUAGAAAGUGAUAUAAAUAAUGAUAAUGAUGUUUGGAUACCUCAAACAUCAGAAAUUACUAAAAGAAGGAAGAAAAAUAUGAUUGUAUCUUCAAAACAAAAUCACAAGAAGUACAAAGCAUCACCAGUUGGAAAAUAUUGCCCAACAUGUGGUCGAGCAGACAAUGAUAACCAAUUAUCAAAAUAUGAUCUUGACAAUAUGAAAAGAAGUAUUGAGUACAGAAUACAAGAAGAAGCAAAAAUAACACGAUCAUUAAUAGCCACUGCAAAAAGUACCACAGCCAUAGAAACUAUUAUGAAAGAGGAUAUAAUGAUUGAUUUACCAAAAACCACAUUAGAAGAUUUUCUUUAUUUUGAUAAACAAUUAAAAGUUGAUAUAGAGUUGAUGAAGAAAAUGAAAUGCUUUAUGGUGCUUCAUGUAAACAGUACAACAAAACUAAGUCAAAGUCUAAGAGUUAUUCCAUUAAUAAUAUCUAAGGAGAUUCAAUUACAAUACAGUGCUUUUGGAAGAGAAACCAACGGAAUUAAAAAACUAAAUUUCUCUGGUACAACAACAUACAAAUAUUUAAGAGAUGUGCUUACUAGCAAGUAUCCAGACAUUAAAGAAAAAGAAAUAUCCAGUGAUUUAAGCAGAUGGUUCUCUGGUGCCAAGGAUCGAGAAGGUGGGAAGAGAGAAAGAAUUCAUUUAAAGAUCGAAUUUUGA